CCAGAGUCCCAGCUGAUCGUGUCCGUGGGGCCCUCUCCGGUGAGGGCCGUGCUGGGCUCGGACGUGCUGCUGCCGUGUAGCUUCGCUGUGGGCGAACCCAUCGGUCUGUCUAAAUUCUACCUGGGCUGGGCCCGGGGAGGUGAGAAGGUGGCCGAGUACCUCAAAGAAAAGCCGACUCAGCAGCCCGGGGUGAAGCUUUUCCCGGAGGAGCUGAGCAGGGGGAACUGCUCCCUGGGGCUGAGGAACGUGAGGGUGGAGGACGGAGGCAGAUACACCAGCACCCUCAUCUACACGCCCGACCGAUCUGAGCAGCACCUGGAGCUGCAGGUGACAGCUGCUCCCCGACUCUCCAUCCCCCAGCGAUCGGCCGGAACAGACGCAGCGAGCUCCUUCCCCUGCCACGUGUGGGGAUUCUACCCCAGGGACGUCACCGUCACGUGGCUGAGAGACGGGCGGGUUCUGACCGACGCCACCCGCUCUGCCCCCCAGAGGAACCCGGAUGGGACCUUUAACCUCACCCUGACCUACACCUUCACCCCCACCGCGAGCGACUCCGGCAGCAACUUCUCCUGUCACGUCAGCCACGCGGCUCUGGCUCAGCCCCUGCGGGAGGAGUUCCCCCUGGAUGUCACAG